ACACUUCCCUAAAGAAAUUAUGGGGGUGGAGCAUAUCGGUCUUCAAUGUGUAAGAAGGAGUAAGGAAGGGAUAGAGAUUCUAGAUGUAGUAUUCGCACACUGCUCAUGAAUCAGAGUCUAAGUACUCAAAGUGUAAAUUCGUUGAAAUAGAGUAUAGAAUAUCGUAUUAUAUGUGUUACUGAAUCUGAACGUGAUCAAUGAAUUCUUAAACUGAACGAAAUUUUUAAUGGACAUGACAAGUAAGCAAGUAGUCGGCAGCGUAGAGCCCACAGGUGUCUGUCGCUAUGGAUGGACGUGCUAACCACUCUCCGGCUAGUGAUGACAACAGCCGCAGAUCUGCUGCCUGUGGGGACCUUGCCCAGACAUCCCACAGUCCUUCUGCUCACCUGAAGAAAGGUGUGAUGCUGAAUGGACAGGACAAAGACUUGAACCAGAACUUUCCCUCUCCCACUGUCGGCAUUGUUGUUGCAAACUUGCCAAUGGAUGCUAAAGGAGAUGGAGAUGGCACUGGUGAGGCGAGGAAGCCGACAGAAGAGGAGCUCUUGCAGAAAUUGGAGGAGGCUAACCGCAUGCUAGAAGCAGAUGAGAAAUCUCACGUGGUGAGGGCUGCCUUCUCCACCACACCUGGCCACUCAAGGAAGGGCUCUGGCUCUAGUAUAGUCUCCAGCACAUCCUCCAACAGCUUCUACAGUCCUCAAAACUCAAAUGAAGCUGACGAAAAUGCAAGUCUGGCCCAAGGAAGAAAAUCUUUUAAAAUAAAACCCCUGAGUUUCGGUAAUAAAGGUAAUAGGCAAGUUUUAGGUAAGGGCUCUGAUGAUACUGACAGCAAAAAGAGGAUGUCUCAAGGAAGAAGAGGAUCCCUCCAGACUAGCCAGAACAAUUUGGGCUCGCCAGACCAAAAUAUUGAUUUGACAGAUGAUGUGUUCUUGGGUUCUUCAAGUGAAACCUUAUGGGAGGUCUGGGGUAGGAUCAUCAAUGAUUGGGACUCAGUCAAAAAGAAACCAGCUUUUCUCAAGGAGCUGGUGAGAAAGGGAAUCCCCCAUGAGUUUCGAGGCAUGGCCUGGCAGCUGAUCCUCGGUGUCCACGACUCGCCCUUCAAACAGGAGUACGCAGAACAUAUGAAGAAGACCUCACCUUGCGAGAAGCUGAUACGCAGAGAUAUAGCACGGACGUUUCCUGAUCAUGAGUUUUUCAAAGUGAAAGACGGUUUUGGUCAGGAGAGUUUAUUUAAUGUCAUGAAAGCCUACUCAUUGCAUGACCGAGAAGUUGGUUACUGUCAAGGCAGUGGUUUUAUUGUUGGCUUGUUACUUAUGCAGAUGCCAGAGGAAGACGCAUUUGCCGUGCUUGUUCGCUUGAUGCAAGACUUCAGGCUGAGGGAAUUGUUUAAACCAAGCAUGGCUGAACUGGGUCUUUGUAUGUUUAAACUGGAGUGUCUCAUGCAGGAACUGUUGCCAACUUUGCUGAUCCACUUCCAGACACAGAACUUUGACACCUCCAUGUAUGCCUCAUCCUGGUUCCUGACUUUGUAUGUUACUUCCCUCCCCUUGUCUCUAGCUAGGAGGAUCAUGGAUUUGUUUGUGUCAGAGGGCAUGGAGAUGAUUUUUCGUGUGGGUAUAGCAAUACUUCAGUCAUGUCAAGAAGACUUGCUUGCCCUUGAUAUGGAGGGAUUGUUGAUGUACUUACAAAAGGAUCUCAGGAACAGAUUUGAACAAGAGCAAGAUCAGGAAAAUCUGCUGACCACAGCCUACAGCAUCAAAUACAGCCACAAGAAGAUGAAAAAAUUGGAAAAAGAAUAUACAGCAUUGAAAACAAAGGAAAAUGAGGAUCAAAUUGAACUGCGGCGAUUAAGGACUGAGAAUAGACUUUUAAGGCAGCGAAUAGAAAACUUGGAAAAGGUUGAAGCGAAGUUACUUCGUCAAAAAGAAGAGUCAGCAACUCUAGCAGACAAACUAGUGCAGGACCAGGUGACGUGGGCACAGGAAGUGGAGCAGUCGUAUGCCCUGAGGAAUGAGCUGAGCGUCACCAGGCAGCAGCUCCAGGAGACACAGAAGAAGUUGCUGGAUGCUGAGGAUAUUAUUGGGGAUAUCCGCAAGAGGACCCGGAUCAUUGAAGAUGCUGUGCAUCUGGACGAGGCUGAGGAGUGCAACAUGGUGAAGUACCUACAGGAGGAACUGAUUGCUGUCAGGUUGAGAGAAGCUGAGACAGCCUGCACCAUCAAGGAGCUCAAGCUAAAGAUCUCAGAUUUAGAGGAUACCAACCUGCGGCUACAGAGGGCACCCAGCAAUGAUGUCCAACAACUCCAAGAAGAGUUGAUAGCUGUGAAACUGAGGGAGGCUGAGGCCAACUUGUCCAUGAAAGAGCUGCACAUGAAAGUCAAUGAGAUUGAGACCUACUGGGAAUCAUACAUGGAGAGGGUACGUCAGGCAUCACCAAAAGAAAAAAGUACCAAGUCAGAACUGAGGCACCUUCAAGAAGAAAUAAUGGCCCUGAAGCUGAAGGAAGCCAGAGCAGUUGGGGACUUGAAGGAUGCCAAACAGAAGUUGAUGGAACUUGAAACACAGAAUCAAAUCUUCACCAAUCAGAUCAGGCGGAUGGGAGAAGACAACAAGGAAAUGAAACGUCUGCUGGAGGAGUCUGCUGAGAGGGAGAAAGAUUUGAAGGUCAACAUCAAAGACCUGACCAGGAAGCUGGACGACACGGAGAGUAAGAGGAGGGAGGAGUCCAUGAUGUCCAGGAUCAAGGAGGCGGAGAAUGUCCAGCUGUUGGCAGAGCUGAGGCACAAGAUUGCUGAGAUAGACAUUCAGAGUGGGAAUUUAACUUUUCAGAAAGAAGAGCUGUUAGCUGCUGGUCAGCUGCAUGACAAGGGAGAGAAUCAGGAGCUGGAGAACAAACUUCAUGAUCUACAAGAUGAGGUGCUCCAGUUGCAGUUAUCAUUUGCAUCCAGCAACCGUGGCAAGCGGUGCGUCAUGACGGACAGUUAUCUGGGUAACAACUCUGACGAAGAGCUGGACGCUGAGCUCAAGGAGUCUGAAAACCUGGAUCAAACAUUGUCUGACAUUAUCGAGGGGAGAGGUCUGGCAGCGCACGCGGCGCCGGACGUAGAAAAUCAAACACAAACUAGUCAGUCUUUGUCAUCUCUUGAAGGAGAUGAGGACACACAGUUGUUUAGCUCUCAUAAGGAUUCAGUGCAUGAGAACCAAUGCAGAGAGAGCACGGACAGUGGUGAUAGUGGGUUCAAAGGUAAGAGUUCGGCCCCACAAGUUAAGAGUAACAGUGACUCCCUGUGGGAACUGUACGAAGAGGUUGUUGUUCUUGACACCAACAUGGAAGGAAGAGUUGUCGGGAGGAAUUCUUCUAACUCGGCCGGGUGUGGGGAUUCGGAUGUGUACCGCGGAGGAAAUGGUAGAGGUGUGAGGCAGGGUAGCGAUGAGAGGGGUGAAGUGGGGGGAAGGAGGGAAGAGGAUAGGAUACCUGAUGUUGUUAUCAUAUAUGAGCCAUCGUGUGGCCUUAGGACUCCUAAUACGGACACGAAAGAUUUUUAUCUAAAGGAAAGCAGGGUUUAGUUUAAGUGUACGGUAUUGGUCACUUUAGGAUAUGCAAAAAAAGGCAGUCUGUAAAUAACAAAAAAUAACUAAAUACAAAUAUUUUGGAAUUUAUUUAUCAGAUGUAGACUUCAUCUAGUUAAAAAGUGAAGGUACAAGUUUACCAAUUUUAAAUAGGUUGGCUUACUUUGAAAUAUAUUUUAAAGAUUUAAUUUUAAAAAUGUGUAAGGAAACUGAAGACUAUUUAUAGUGUUGAAUAAAAUUGUGAUAGGUGGAUAGUUUAUAUUUAAGAUAUUUAUAGCUAGACUUAACACGGCCUAUCUUCCAACAAAUUGUCAUCCUACUUCUUCCAGUUAAAAUAUAUAUGAAGCUGCUGCAGAUAAUGUAAUGUUAAUGAUUCAACCAUUGCUACAGUUAACUAAACAAACACUUCAGUUGUAACCCCCAGUAUUUUCUACCUUUGUGAUAAUUGUCUUGUGCUUUUCUCUCCUGAUAAGCAAUACUCAGUAUUACAAAUUGCUAACUUUAGCUGUGGAUUUCUCAUUCUUGUAAAUAGAUAAAAUUUCUACAGUGUGUUUUGGCUCAACUUCUUACAGAGGUCAUAAUUGUUUACAUAAUUCCUAAUUGUAUACAUAAAUUUGGUGUGUUCUUACUUGCAUAAAUGCCUUGAAUGCAUUAUUUCUUACUUGGAUCAAGCACAGCAUGUCUUAUCUAUUUUAGUAACUUCCUACCUUUGCCUACAAAAAAAAAUGGUUUUUCUUUUCAUUUGCAUGUUAAUCCUUAUAAGUGUAUUUAGUAUUUCAAUAUAUUGAUCUUAAUUGUUAUUUAUUUUGUUACUUGUAUUGACGUAAUAGAUGUUUAGUAAUUGUUACUAAAAGUGCUCACAUUUAUGUAUUUAUAUAUAGAUGUUACCAUAAUAAUUUUUAUUUACGUUGAAACUUUCUUUCCGUUAGUGGAUAAGCUAAUCCUCCAUACCUAGGGGUAGAGCGCUAGACUGCUUACCUGUUCCAGUCAGUAGAAUGUCCCUGAGUUCACCCAGCUCUGAUAAGUAGUCUACCUAACUCAUGUUUGUGAAAGUUAAGGCAGCUGGGCAAAGUGCUGACCACAUUAUCUCUUCAUAUGCAGAGGUCAAGACAUAUGAACUCUACUUCUUAUACCAAAUUGAUCGCUAGGUCUAAAGAGAAUCUUAAUUUUAAUACUCCCAUUAAUAUGUAGCUGCAAACCCACACAUAUUUUACUCAAUAACUUAAUUGUUGAAGUUAAUUUCACUUGUUUUGCAGGUAUGUGACAUUGACCUCGUUAGUUAAUUGUUGACUGCAUGCGGCAUGCCCUCCCUUUUGUCACUCAAGCAAGCAAGAUCCUCUGACCAGCCAAUCCUAAAUAUUGCAAACUAUUUACUAAACUUAUUCAACAUACCAUUUUGUCUUUCCACAAUUUUUGUUUUUAAAUUAUUUUUUUCUUGUCUUGUUGAAUAUUGUACAUGCAGGUUUUUUUUUUUUUUUUUAAAUUAAAUAUGUGGGAUAUCAGGCUAGCCAAUGGGGGCAUAUAUAUAAAUACCUGCUGCCACAACUAUUUCAUCCUUUCAGUGUUUUUAGAAGAAAAAAAAUCCUUUUACUUUCAAAUUCUUUCAUUUUCUGUCUCUUGUAAUUAUAUUUAAUUUUUACAGUCAUUUUUUUUUAAAGUUGGUUGUUGUGAAAAAAAUUUGUUCAUUAGAUCAUUCAGUCGAUGUGACCUUUCAGAAAGCUUCUUCUCAAUUCUAUGUCAGCGAGCACCAAUACUGCUCAUGAAGUAAUCGCAGUGGGCACCAACAAGCAUGUCAACUCAAAUUUUGCAUGCUCGAAUGUUUUCCAUAGCAUGACAUAUUCAUUUUUCAUCAAUUGGCUGUUUCAUUUGUACAUAAUGUUUACUUUUAUAGACAUUUCUACCGCCCCAUUUGUAAAGAAAAUUUUCUCUUUUGUCUGUUUUAGAAUUUCUGCCCUGUUAUAAAAGUUCCUUCUGUCUGUGUUAAAAAAAUAUGUCUUCUGCCCCUUUUAUUUAAAUAACAAAACAUUUUUAUACCUGUUACAGUUUUUUAUUCUGCCCUUAACACAACAGCUUACCAGGGCUGUUAUAAAACUGCUCAGUAAAAAAAAACAUUCAUGUUUCCCUAUAAAAAAAAGUUCUUUUUCCCAUAUUACAACUUGCCAAGGGCUGUUAUAAGGCUCCUCAGGUUAAAAAAAAAAACAAUUUUCUUCUUUCCCUUUACAUUUUUUUGUUCAGCCCCUAAAAUAACAGCUUGCUAUGCCAUGUUGUAAAGAAGCUCAGUAAAUAAAAAAAAACAUUAUUUUUUACCUAUUGAAACAGUUUUGUUCUGCCCAUAGCACAACAGCUUACCAGGCCUGUUACACAACUGUCCAAAAAUUCCUUCUGCAAAAUUUAAUAUCAAUUCUCUCUGCUCUUGUUAAGCAAAUGUUUCAUAAGCUCCUGUUAUUUAAAGCUGUGAUGUAUUAAGUGGUACUGAUCAGAUGCUCUGUCUCUGUUCACAAAAAAAAAAUACUGCUAGCAACUCAAGUUACUGUUAAAAAUAAUUUUGUUUUUGAGGAAAGAAUAUUUAUGUACAUUUGUUAAAAUAUAUUUUAAUGUUUCAUGUUUUUUUUUUGUGAAUGUAAAACAUUGGCAUGCAUCCUACACACUAUUGUCAUUCUGUUAAUUAAAAACAAACAUGUAACAGUUACAUUAUGGCCAUCCAAAUAUUUUAUAAAGUAAUUCCUUUCUCUCUAAAUUUUACUAAACAUUUUAGCUCUUUAAAUUUUAAAUAUUAUGUAGAUGAUUCUCUUUAUUUAACUCGGCCAAGUUGAUCUGCAUAUAUCAUAUGGAAAUAAGCAUAACAUUAUAUUAUUAAAACAAAAACAAUUUGUAUCCAAAUUAUAAAAAAAAAAAUAUUAUAAAACUAAAAACGGCAGAUUUUGUUAAUGAAUCUGGGAAAAUGUCUGCCUGCAUUCACAUUUGCACCUUUUCUCCCAGUCAUAAAACAAAAUCUGCUGCUGAUUUUAAUCAUUGAAUAUGUGGAUGGCCUCUUGUAAAGCAGCAUCAAUCAAAAUAAUGUCUUUUGUGUACCUGUGAUAGAUACUGUUGGCCAGUUGUAAUUAGAUAACAACCAGCCCAAGGUUUACAUAGUUGUUGCGUUUCUGCAACAUCGGGUGUAAACCGAGGGCUUCCUGUAUUUACUUUAUGCUCAUAGAUUUUUACUGAAACUAUUUAAAUCUCGUAUUGCAAUUUGUUUUCAUGCUCAUAAACCUAAUGUAAAAAAAAAAUAUUUGUCUUCAAAACAAUUUUUUUUUUACCUUUUGCAAAGAUUGCACAUCAUAACUUAAAUGAAAUGCUCUAAAUCUAAAUGGAAAGUGGUGUAGUUUUUUUAGAUAUGAAAAGUGUACAAAUAAUAGAAUUAUUCUUUACAUGAUCUUUAUUUUUCCUUAGCCUUCUUCAUCUGUUUCCUAGACUCUCAUAAACCUGAUGAUACUAAGUGCUUACCACCCUACUUAACUACACAUGAAUUAUAAAAAUAUAAUUCAAAGAACCUCAACCAGCUAACACAAUACAUUUUUAAACCUUUGAUCAUCAUAAAAAAUAAAACAUGUAAAAACCUAUUUAUGUAAAGAAGGCUGAAGUGUCAUUUAUUGUGUUUGUUUAUGGGGGUUUACAUACAGGGUAUUUGUAAAGUUCUUUUAUACGUUAAAAUUGUUUCACAUACGCAAAUUUAAAGUCAGAUAGGUGAAGGUUACUAAAACAAUUAGAUGGGUACACUUGUUUCUUUUUUUUUGCCUCAUCAUAAUGGGUAUCAUAGGAUGUUCAUAAGACAACCAGAGAUAACCCAUCUUGAUAGAGUAUACCCUCGUCAAUAGUGGCAAUAGCAUUAUUGAUCUCAUACUUGUACAAUAUCACGCAAAUAGGCCUAACACCCAUAUUAAAAAGUCAACAAUCCGUUAUAAAUACAUUUUUAAUAUUGUAAAAAGACUAUGGAUAGGCGUCUUUUAGGACACAGUAUCCUAUUUUUGUAUUAUAGAACUCUGCUAGUCUAAAACUCCAGUGCAAAUUUUUUUUAGGGCUUGAGUGAUAUCAGCUUUAUUUAAUUGACUGGCUACAGAACUUAAAGUGUCAGUGAUUACGUUUACUUAAGUUUUUUUUCUGAUCGUCAUAAACCAAUGUAUCAAACCUAUUAUUGUUUUUUCAAUAAUGUUUUUUUUAAAAUUCGUUUCCUUCAUUUUUCUUUAUAAAAAAAGCGGGUUUUGGUACUGUUAGAAUUCUGAUAAUUGAGUAUCUUUCCUCUGUGAAUAAGGUUUGGCGUUAAUUAUACUAUUAUACUGUGUAUGCUUCUAGCUUUGAGAUGGGGUUGUGGAUGUGGAUUCUUCAGCUAAGACCUGUAGCCAGUCUAUUUUCUAAUUGUUUACAUAAUUUUUAUUUACCUAAAAAGACAAUUUAAUUUAUGAGUAAUUUUUUUUUUUUUUUUUACCUUUAAAAAAUUGAAUUUUGUAACAAUUUAGUCAAUAGUUUAAAAAAUUAAUCAAUAGAAAAGGUCUGUUGAAAUAUUAUUUAGAUAUGAUGUACAUAUAUUCCUCCUGGGGCUGGCACAGUAGUUUGUUUUGAUGUAUAUUUUCACACAUUUUAUUGAGGAUUUGGGAUAUUCUUUAAGGAAAAGAUAGUCUGUUGAAGUUGUUGCGAAUCGACAAGAGAUUUUGGUUUAAGGUGAUAAACAGUCUGCACUGAGAGUGGCUGGUUAUACCUAUGUUGAUCAGCAUAAUCUAUAGCUAAACGAGAUGUUGGCUAGAGCUGGUCAGUCUGCUGAAAAAGUUGGUUUAUACAUAUACUUGUCAGUGUUACCAAUUGUAAUAAUGGUCACUGGUGGCCAGAUAAAUGUUAGUCACAGGUGGCCAAUUAGCACUAAGAAUGGCUGAUUAUACAUAUGAUAGUUUAACUAAUAGCCUGACCAGAUGCUGGUCAUAGAUGAUGGUCUAUGUGCAUUAAAGACGGCUGGUUAUGAAUAUGUUGGUCAGUAUAACCAAUAGCCAGACCAGAUGUUGGUCAUAGAUGAUGGUCUAUGUGCAUUAAAGAUGGUUGGUUAUGCAUAUGUUGGUCAGUAUAGCCAACAGCCUGACCAGAUGUUGGUCAUAGAUGAUGGUAUAUGUGCAUUAAAGAUGGCUGGUUAUGCAUAUGUUGGUCAGUAUAACCAACAGCCAGACCAGAUGGUGGUCAUAGAUGAUGGUCUAUGUGCAUUAAAGAUGGCUGGUUAUGCAUCUGUUGGUCAGUAUAACCAACAGCCAGACCAGAUGUUGGUUAUAGAUGAUGGUCUAUGUGCAUUAAAGAUGGCUGGUUAUGCAUAUGUUGGUCAGUAUAACCAACAGCCAGACCAGAUGCUGGUCAUAGAUGAUUGUCUAUGUGCAUUAAAGAUGGCUGGUUAUGCAUAUGUUGGUCAGUAUAACCAACAGCCAGACCAGAUGUUGGUUAUAGAUGAUGGUCUAUGUGCAUUAAAGAUGGCUGGUUAUGCAUAUGUUGGUCAGUAUAACCAACAGCCAGACCAGAUGUUGGUCAUAGAUGAUUGUCUAUGUGCAUUAAAGAUGGCUGGUUAUGCAUAUGUUGGUCAGCAUAACCAACAGCCAGACCAGAUGUUGGUCAUAGAUGAUGGUCUAUUAACACUAAGAAUAAAGAAUGGCUAGUUAUGCAUAUGUUGGUCAGUAUAACCAAUAGCCUGUCACAGAUGAUGGUCAAUAUUCAUUAAAGAUGGCUGGUCAUUCAUCUUAUGGCAAGUAUACACACAGACCUGAGUGAGGCUAUAGUGACUCUAUGUAGGACUUGUAGUAACCUUAUCCUGUCCAGUCUUCACUAUAGUCCGUGGAUGUAGGCAAUGUUCCCUCUAAGGGGGAAAAGCUUGUGUGCAAAAUGUAUUUUCUGUGCGCGUUGUUCUAAAAGUCUUAUAAAAGGAUAUAUUUAUUUUACAAAACUACUGCGUGGCGGCGCAGCUUAGAGGGAACAUUGGAUGUAGGGCAGCGAGUCUUGAGUCUGAAAUAGUUUCACAAAUCCUUAGCACUCUCUUCUGCUUGUAAUUCACUACCUCCAUCUUAGUUAAUCUGAAGACAUAUAUAUCUAAAGUAUUCGUAAAGAAUUUUGUCGAGCUGUAAGGUCUCGCUAAAGUGUUUAUCAAAUUAUAAAAUAAAAACACUAGGUUCAAGAAUAUUCUCAAACCCUAUCAUUUUUAAACAUUUCUUUAUUUAUUCAUAUAGAAUUAGAAUACUCAUUUUUUUUCUUCAACUCUUCAACACAUUGCCACAUGAAUUGUAUACUGGUACUUAAUUUGCCUUGUAUGAUGGUGAGUGAUGGCUAAUUUUGAACAAAUGAACUACUUGAGCAUGUUGUUGUGUCAAAUCUUUUCUCAAUUUAAAAAAAAAAUGUGUCACAAGAUCACUAACUCUUGUAAUUAUUGAAAAUAAACUAUUGAUU